GCCUUCUCGGCUUCCGUAGGGCAUCGCGCUGUGAGGAAAAUAGCAGCAUGUCAAACCUGGCUAAGAGCACGUAGCCUUCAGAUCAGCUGCUGGACUGACAGAGUGGACUAAAGCAGUCAUGAUUCAGAUCCGACAGGCGCUCCGGAGAGCCACACUCCACACUCACAACAUCGUCUGUGCGAGGAGUGCUCAAAAGCAACCCAAGGCCUUCAUGUCGUCUGGGCCGCAGCAGCAGAGUGGAAAGUUCUAUGAGUUCCGCACCUACUGCAUCCAUCCGCACCUGAACUCUGCGUUCCUCAAACUGACCAGUGAGAAGAUCAACCUGCGCACUGCACACUCUGAGCUGCUGGGGUACUGGAGUGUGGAGUAUGGAGGUCUCAAUCAGGUCUUCCACAUCUGGAAGUAUGACAGCUAUGAUCAGCGGGCAGCAGUGCGAGCAGCCCUGGCUGAGGACCCCGACUGGAUGGAGCAGUACAUCUCUAAAGCCAUGCCAAUGCUGAGCUCUCAGGACAAUGAGGUCACAUACCUGGUGCCGUGGAGCACAGUCAAAAAACCACCUAAAGAGGGAGGUGUCUAUGAGCUGGUGUCGUUCCAGAUGAAGCCUGGUGGUCCAGCCGUGUGGGGCGAGGCCUUUCACGCUUCAGUCAACACCCAUGCAGCACCAGGGUACGCCUACCCAGUGGGUGUCUUCCACUCUGAGUUCGGACAACUCAAUAGAGUGCAUGUUCUGUGGUGGUAUGAGAGUGCAGACCUUCGCGCAGCUAUAAGACACAGAGCUCAUACUGAUGCCAGGGUAGUGGCUGCAGUGCGGCAGAGCGUUGCGUACCUGGAAUCUCAGAAAAACAAGCUCAUGUUUCCUUGCUCCUUCUCACCCCUACAGUAAAUGGGUAGAAUUGUAUGUAGAACAUUGGACAAACUUAAUCCGGGCGUAUGCUGAUCAACAAAAAGCUCUUUCAUUUUAAAAUGAAUGUGUAUGCUGGACAGCUUACUCUGAGGUGUGGCCUGGACUAAGACAUAUUUUACUUCAAUGACUAGUUUGCUUAUGUCUGAGUGAAGCUUGUCUUUAGUGGUGAAGGAUGUAUUUGGCGUCUAAUAUCUUGUACCAAUAUGUUACACUUUUUACCAAUAUGUUCUUUGCAGAUUUCUUUAAAAAAUCUUUGUGGCAUUUAAUAGCAUUAUAGGUCCUGAGUACUGUCACUGUGCUACCUUUAACCAGCUAUGCACCUGUUCUAUUCACUAAUUGCACUUGGGCAGUAAUAUUGGUAUUUGUGUUACUCCUUCAACACUUACCUCAAGCCUUACUUUAGCAGGCAUGUUUACAAAUAGCUGUAGCCAUUUCUUUCAUGUAACAAUGCUCUAAUGCAUUUGUCAGGUUUAAAGGUGUAUUGAUUAAAAAAUAAAAAUGUAAUUAUAUAAAAAUAAAUCGACUGAUUUAUUUUUUAAAAAAUUGUCAGUCUUAAGAUGUGAGAGUAAAGAAUGUCCCUGAACACUGAAACUGUUCUGUUCAAGUACUAAUUACACACAGGAAAAGAUACUCAUAUUUAAUAACAGGAAACAGAACAAUAAUUACCAGCUUGUUCUUCCUACCAGUGCAAAAUCUGGAAUUGAACUACAGCAACAUGAACUGGAGAUCAUAACACAUUUUCCUUCCAUACCUUAAUGUAUGAGUAUGAGAGUAAAAUGCAGUAUUAGGAAGGGCCUCUGAGCUAGCUGAGCAUUUUCUCUUGUGAUAGGUGGGGUUGAUGGGACAGUGAGGUGAAACAUGAUAUUACUAGUUAAUAUUGUUUUCCUGCCCACUGGUGCACAGUAAUGUAAUAAUAAAUAAACCAGAAGGCAUUUUAGAGAUGGGUAACAGUCAUUACAUUUCGGUAGAAGAUGAGGGGAAAACGAAUCAUGCUUAAUAUGAUAUGGACGCAAAUUAACAAGUCAUAAACAAUACCAAUUUUUUUCAUUUCAAUGUCAUUUUGAUUUCAGGUUGACUUUAAAGAACAUUCAUAGCAUUUGAUUCUGUGUAAAGAUACUGAUAAAAAUAUGCAAAAUGAUUGCAAACAAAGUAUUAUUUGGGUGACAACAUAAUGAAAAACAUACAAUUUGUGUUGUACGUUUGUCAUGUUUUAUUGUGUAAGUAUUGUACAAGGUGAGUAACAGAUGUUCCACAGCCUUUCAUCUGAAAUGUAAACAGGUAUUAAAUAAGAAACAUCACUAAGGCAAGAAUUUUCAUUUCAUGUUGGAAAACGAGGAGGUACAACAAAAAAUAAAUGUGGAAUGAUUUCUUUCUGUGGAAAAUCCAGUGCAAACGGGUAAACAGAUUUUCAAUUAAUACAUUUCCAAUUAACACAGCCAAUAAAGUGCUAGGACUGAAAGGACAGACCCCAUGGCCAUCCUUUCUCUGAGACCAGUGAAAAGCUCUGUUCCAGAAUACUGACGGAUCAUGGCGUUAUGUAGUCUAGAAGGAAGUGGCUGUGCUUUGCUGAACGAGCACAGUACACUGAUUCAUAACACCCCCCCAAGGACACCCUUUCACCUAAAGUCAGUCUCCUACGUAAGAAGAUUCUUCUUCCAAUCUACUACUCAAAUGUCCUUCAAAAUGCUGAAAUGUCAGGGCUCCUGUAUCUACUGAGGUAUAUGUUACAUUUUGUGACUGGGAGGCAACUCCUCCUAAAUAAAUCUCUUAAAAAUAAUCAGCAUUUUUCUCUGUACAGUACGUUUCUAGCUCACGUUCCAACAGUGAACACUUCUCCUGCUUCUCUUAGAUUGCAAUAUUAAAAGUCAGGCACUGCUUGAAAAAAUAUUGUACGAAAUAAUGUCCCCACUGGACUUUUCAAAAAAUUGUAAAACAAUUGUUUGUUCAUAAAUAAAGGCACAUAAUCAAUUUAACAGCAUUUGUACUGCAGUUUUAGCCCUUGGCGGCUCAAAAAAAAAAAAA